GCAAUUCCAAGCUCAAAUAAGUGCUCGGUGGUAUUCAAAUGGAGCAUUGAAUUACUACAGCUUAUCGUUAAUCCUAUCCUUGAUGAAGGAUUAGUGAUUUUAAAGUCCCCGAGAUUUUCUUCAGGUUCCAGAUUUAACGACUCUUGGUUUUUGAAUUUAAGUGUUCCCGUCGUAGAUGCAGAAUUUAAAGAAUUUGUUUAUGCGGGAUUAAACAUGGCCGACAGCGAAAUCCCAGAAACAACUGCCGAAUAUUAUGUGUAUAUUCUGAAUAAAGACAAUGAAAAAUGUGGAGUUAAGAAGAAAUGCUGCGACAAUUUUCAACGUCGAUCAGGCUACAGCUAUUUUAAAGUUAUGCACAUAAAUGAAUUAUUGGAAAAGCAAGAUGAUUACUUUUCCAAUGAUAUGUUGACACUCUGUGUAGAGGUUAUUUCAGUUCACGAUGAUAAUGCCUGGAAUGCUAAUCACAUCUCACUGGAUGAUGAACAUGUGCAUGGAGAUAAAAUCUUCCCAGAAUUAAGAAAUUCUUACAGUAUGUCAAGUUAUGUAGAUCCGGAUACCAAUGACACGUGCUUAAUUGUAUCAGGUGGUGAGAAUUUGAAAACCUAUAAUGCAGAUUCUGAAAUUUGGAAGUUUAAUUUGACAUCUUUAAAAUAUGGGAUUUUCUUGGUGAAUUUGGAGACUUGGAACACCAAUGUUACUUCCGUCGCUGGGCUUGCGUCACUCCAAGAGCACGUAUUUAGUCGGAAAGUUUACUCAGCUUGGACCAGAAUUCCAACGUUAGUGGAUAUUUGUUGGGAUGCCGUGCUAUAUUAUCACCCAAAUUUGCCAAAUGAAUCCAAGGAUAUUGUUCAAAUCAAAUUUGGAAUUCCUUGGAAUUUUCUUCAAGAAAAAAUUAAAUAA